AUGCAGUCUCUCUUGCUUCUAGUGGCUCCUGCCUUGUUCGCUGCGUCAAUAUACAUCGUUCUUGGCCGAAUCAUUUCACUAGUCGAUGGCGAACAGCACCCGUUGAUACGCCAGAAGGGGCUUAAUUUCCUAGUACAGGCCGGAGGAGGUGGCAUCCAAGCAGCUGGCUCUCUUACUUUGCUGCAUGUCGGCGAGAAGGUCAUUGUGGUCGGUCUAUUCCUGCAACUGACCUUUUUUGGAUUUUUCAUUGUGGUUGCGGACUUCUGGGCAUUUGACUUCUGGGCAUCUGACUCUGGUAGAGUCGUACAUCAGUCUCCGCUGCCCAUACUAAUCUUAAAUUUGGUUCAUUCGUACAAGCAAGAGCCCAUUCUCCCGUUCAUCACACCACCAUGGCGUCGAGGGCCAGACGCCUACAUCGAUAGCGACGUGGACGAGGCCCGCGAACGCCACGAUUCAGAAUGUGUAUUAAACAAGAGCCUUAAUAUCUAUACAGACAGCAGCAACAUUAAAGACGAGAGUACCUCUGUAGUAGCGUAUCAAUCAACGUUACAGACCUGGAUAUACCAUCUAUUAUAUACUAUAGAGCUGUAG